CUUGGACGACGUGUAUAGGACUUACUUUUUUCCCUUUAUACUGAUAUUUUAACUUCCGCGUUCCAAAGUCCAAUUUUCUGAAAUAAAUUUACAAUUGCUGAAACGCAGAAAGUGAUGGAGGUACCAGGGAAAUUAGCUGCAUCUUCCGAACAAGACUCGAACUUGAUAUGCCUUCCUUGUGAUAGAGAUGGUCUGAGGGAAUCAGUGUAUGGAUUUUGCCAGGACUGCCAAGAACACCUGUGUGAAACAUGUUACAAGCACCACAAAAGGUCAAGGCCUUCGAGGAAUCAUGUCCUUCUUGGCAGAGACGAAAUGCCAAGGAGCCAAACAAUUGAUACUGUGAGACCCGAUGACAAAACGGAUUUUUGUGCAAGUCAUAAAGACAUAAAGAUAAAAUGUUGGAGUUUUACUGUAACAAAAACAGGAAGGUUGCAUGCUAUGUCUGUGCUACUCUGGAACACAAACUGUGUGAGGUAGACUACAUUCCUGAUAUAUCAGGAGGUGUGUCUGAUGAUUUAAGAAAUUUGAUGGCAGAAAUGGAAUGUUUGGUAAACAAAUGUAAAACCAACAUUGAGAAUGCUAAAAUGGCUACACAUCAGAUAGACCUGAACUAUAGGAAAGUGGCUGAAGAUAUCAAGCGUUUUAGGAAAGAAAUAAAUGAUUGUUUAGAUCAAAUGGAAAUUGAGAUAACUAGAAAAGUUGAAGCUCUUGUAAACACAGCAAAACUUAAACAAGAAAAUGUUAAUGUAGCUUGUGGAGAAAUAGUCGAAGAAAUGAAUUGUUCGCAGUUGAAUCUGAACUCUUUGAGUGAAGAAAAUAAGCAGAACCAUCUAUUUAUUGAAAUGAAGAAUGUUGAGGACCACCUGUCUAUACUGACAUGUAAGGAAAGGCAAGAACUCGAGGACAAUAAAACAGAAGGAGAUGUUGAAUUUACCCGAAACAAGAAGAUGAUUGAACUACUCAAGACAGAGAAAAACUUUGGAAGUGUAUCUGUAUAUGGAAAACCUUCAGCGGAUAAAGCAAUAUGUGUACAAUACAAAGGUACAAUCAGUGUUAAAGAAUGUGCCGUCACUGCUCUAGUUAUGAUUUCUCCAUCGAAAAUGAUCGUCGCUGACUACAACAACAAAUGUAUCAAACUUAUUAACGUUGAAAAAGGUACAUUGAUAUCGGAAAUAACCCUCUCCUCAGGACCGCAUGAUGCAAUAAGUCUACCACAAAAUAAACUUGCUGUAGCUCUGAAUAAUGAAAAGUGUAUCCAGAUUGUGUCUGUUACUAGCACUGGUAUGUCUUUUUGUGGACGUAUAGAUGUUAGAGAAUUAUGUCAUGGUGUAGCUUAUUGUCAAGAUAAGCUCAUCGUCGCAUGUAAUUACGAUCCCGGGAAGGUGAUUAUUCUGAAUUUUGCCGGAAAGAUUCUGAACGUUUUCGAUUCUCCUGGUUUGUUUUUUGGACCCGAAAAGAUUGCUGUCAGCAAAGACGAGAGAUUCCUGUAUGUAUCUGAUUAUUUUUCCGUCAAUAGUAAAUGCAUUAAAAUGGACUGGCAGGGAAAUACUAUCAACGUUUUCGACGAGCCGGGACAUAAAACACCCUACGGAAUCCAGGAGUUAGAAGAUGGCACCUUUCUGGUAUGUUACAGAGACAGUGACACUAUCGUUAGACUAUCAGGUAGCUGCAAGAAAUGUGAAAUGGAAGGAGUUGAAAAAGCAAUCGGCGUGAAGUUGGCAGUACAGCAGUAGCAGCAGUAGCAGCAGUUAACUGCUGCUACUGCCAGCAGUAGGAGCAGUUAACUGCUACUGCUGCUACUGCCAGCAGUAGGAGCAGUUAACUGCUGCCACUGCCAGCAGUUACAUCAGUUAACUGCUGCUACUGCCAUCAGUUACAACAGUUAAAUGUUAGUACUAUCACAAGUGAAGAUGAAGUGCUGCUACUGCGAGCAGUUACAACAGUUAACUGCUGCUACUGCGAGCAGUUACAACAGUUAAAUUGCUUGUACUACCACAAGUGAAGUGCUGGCAUGAGUUAAUGUUCAGUUUUAAAGUUAGCGAUGCUUUACGCUUUUUAUAAAGGAACGGUAUAUAAUUUGGAUAGUGUGUGCAUAUACAAUGCUACUGUCAGCAGUUACAACAUUGGUUAACUGCUGGUACUGCCAGCAGUUACAACGGUUAAAUGCUUGUACUACCACAAGUGAAGAUGAUCAAGCGAAGUGCUGCUACUGCCAGCAUAUACAGUUAACUGAUGCUGUUGCCAGCAGUUAGAACAGUUAAAUGUUUGUACUUACAGAAGUGAAGUGCUGCUAUUGGCAUGAGUUACUUUUCAAUUAUAAAGUUAGUGAUGCUUUAUACUUUUUAUAAAGGAACGGUCUAUAAUUUAGAUAGUGUUUGCAUAUACAAUAUAGCAGUAUAGAUUUA